AUGGUCAUGUCAACCACUGGUGCAUUGGUUUCAGCCUUUGCAGUGCCAUUAAAUCCUCGAGAUCCCACGUCAGUCUUUAUUUUCUUGAGCAUUGCACGCUUCAUCCUGGGCAUCGGGGUUGGUGGAGUCUAUCCCUUGGCAGCCACUGUUGCAGCUGAAGGUUCUAGUGUUGGGCAGCUUUUGGUGCCAGUAGUGGGCAUGAUUUGUCUUUACACCUUCGGUGAUGGCAUGGAGCAUGAGAAGACCAAGACAGUCAUGAAUGUGAAGGGUUUGUCCUGGCGUUUGAUCCUUGGCCUUGGAGCUCUACCAGGCAUUUUGCUGAUGCCUUUCCAACGAGCUGAUAGCCAAGCUGCCCGACCAGACACAUCUCAGGCGCCUAGCAUGCUGCAGGCUUUGAGCAAUCGUGCUUACUGGCGGAGCAUUCUCGGCUGUGCAGGAGGGUGGUUUUUGUUUGACAUCACAUUCUACGGAAACUCGUUGUUUGCACCUGCGAUUCUCCAAGAUGUGUUCCAUGUCGACACCGGUUCAUCAACCCCGGUGAUUGGAAGCAAACUUCAGAACAACUUGUGUUGGCAACUUGCAAUCCUGGCGCUUCUUGGGCUGCCGGGCUACUAUGUGUCUGUUUGUUUUAUGGAUCGUUUGGGCCGGAAGAACAUUCAAAUCCAGGGCUUUGGCAUGAUGGCGAUGUUGUACACCAUUUUGGCUGCGUUCUUGGAUGGUAUGGAGGACCUUCCAGCAUUGCUCCUCUUUGUCUAUGGCUUAACGUAUUUCUUCAGCAACUUCGGCCCCAACAGCACUACCUUCAUCCUGCCCUCGGAGUCAUUUCCUCAACAUGUGCGCUCAUCUCUGAAUGGCUUCUGCGCUGCCAUGGGGAAGACUGGUGCUGUUGUGGGUUCUUCGAUGUUCAAGCCAUUGAUAACAGCAGCGGGCACUAGCUUCGUUUUCAUUUGUUGCGCCGUUUGCGCGCUUCUGGGCAUCAUUGUCACCAUCUUCUGCGUUGAUGACAGGCAUGGACAGGAUAUGAUGGGCGAAAGCGAAGAAUCUCUAUCCCAAUCCCGUGGCUUGACCAUAGAACCUUUGCUAUCAAGUCCUUGGUUCACCAAGUCAUCGUGCAGAUACUACAACCGGGCACCCAGCCAAAUAGAAACCAGCAAACGCACCGCCAUGAAUUGGGCGUGCGUUGCAUGA